AUGCAUCGUCUCUUUGCCCCUUGUCUCCACCUGUGGCUGGCCACAUCUCAGGUUUUCCUCGACUUCGCUUCUGCACAACGUGCCCGUCAUCUUUCGUCAGAUAACGACCAUCAUGACCAUGGCCAUCAUGUUCACCACCAUCACCACGCGUCGAAGCGAUCGUUCGGCAAAGCCAUGCGUGUCUGGACACCCGCUCAGGGACCAGCCCGACGAUCUGCCUCCGUCGACGGUCGAGCUCUGGAGCCGUUCGAAGAAGAAGCCAUUCCCGGUUGGACGUUUGGUCGUGUCUACGACAUCCCGCACUGGGACGGUGGAGACAGAGCUGCUUGCCGCAACGCUGACCCCUCGUCCAACGUAGAAUCGAGUGCCGACAAGUCGAAGCAUCUCGUACCGCGCGCAGCUCUUCCUCGUUCAAUCUCUGACUUUUGCGCCGAGGGCAACCCGCCAGUUGAACCGCCGGACGGUGCCUCCUGCAGCGAUGCGCCAAAGCUGGCGAAGCGCAUCAUUCCAACCUUCGGUCAGAUCGAUGACAUUGUUCAGAACGCUAUUGCGGCUGGCAAAGAGGUUCAUUUGGCAAAAGUGCAGGCUGGGAUUCCGGAUGGACCUCCUCCCCGACCUGGGUUGGCUGACGCUGGUGCAGACGGCGGCGCUGGAUCGGCUGUUGUGGCUCAGGGACUGCCGGGUGUCAUGCCUGGUGUAGGCGGCGCUGCGGACGGAGCUGUGGUAUCUCAGAGUGCUUCUGCUGGACUCCUUAGUGAGGGUGCAGGCGGCGAUGUGGGUGCAAUGACUGGAUCUCAAGGUUUGCCAGCUGGAAUCCCAAUGAAAGGGCUACUUGGUGGAGUAGGUGCGAGUGGAGCAUUGCCGAUGUCCAGACGAAGCAUUUCUGACUCGCAGCAAGCCGACAAGAGUGCAGACGCCGUCAUCACGAAGAGGCACGCUCACUCGCAACUUGAAACUUCCAGCCUAGCCAACCAAGACGGCAGCAGUCUGACGAAGCGACUGCUGUUCGGCUGGAUCGAAGACAUUGUCAACAAUGCGGUCUCGGCUGGCAAGGACGUGAACAUGGCCAGGAUCCAGUCUGAAGCUGGAGCUGGAAGACAAUCGCUGUCUCUAAGGAAAAGACUCGUCCCAUCAGCUGAUCAGAUUGAGAAGUUCUUCGCGGGCCUACAGGGCAAUGAUUCCACCUCUCACGACUCUCAAGCGCCGGACAAGAGCAGCGUCCCGACUAAGUCGGGCAGCGUCGACUCUUUCACGGGGUCGAGUCGCAAGAAUCAAGACACCAAGGUCCACCAACUCAUCGGCGGUGAUAAUUCGCCGACAGCUCCAUGGUCUGGCUCGGUACCUACUGCUCAGAACACGAAACCACUCCCAGGAACCUUCCUUAUCGCGCAAGGCAAGUCACCUGCGGACAUGAACCACCCCGCAGCUUCCCGACGCGGCAUUUCGGAGCCCGAAGUGAGCGAAGCGCAGCUCUACAAUCUGGUCUCCGCAGCUUUUCGGACCGCUAGCGACAUCAACGCCGCAAGCGCUUCAGGAGCGGAGCAUGGCAAGGCGAAGCGAGAUGCUUCACAGGUGGUAUUGCAACGCUCACCACUCGGACCAAUGAUGGCGAUGGAAGGAAUGAUGGGUGGUGGCGGAGGCGGGAUCAUGACGAUGAUCACAACGCUAAUGCCGGCAAUUCUGGCAGCAAUCAAGGCUGCAGGACAGGUAGGGGUGGCGUUCAUUCAAUUCAAUGAGGGGGUGCAGGUGGAGAAGUUGAAGGAGGAGGCUCAAAGGAAUGCAACGAUGCUGGAAGAAGAUAAGUUGAAGGAGAUAAAUGGCGGACGAACGAGUGGGGCAAGUGUUGGUACACACGCUAAGGCUGUAUCAAGCUCUGGCGCUUUCAAACGUCACCUCGACACUCACGCAUCGUGGGCAUCCAGAUCGAAUCCUUCAGAUCGCUGUGGAGGUACGGCACGGUUGUGUAUGGGUUUCAUUCAAUCCGCACUCGAGUUCUGUCUUCCCGACAGUCAGCACACCUCUCAAGAAGACCGCUAUCACCAUACGUCGUCCAACCUAGUCCGAACAAUGACAGCUCACUGUCUGCUCAAAUGCGAUGGUUUCGGCCAACUCGUCAAGACGGACAGAACUUUCGAAUCCAAGGCUGAGCGAUGUAGCGGCGAUACGCAUUUGCUGCAGAAAAUCUACUCGAUCGGAUCAAGCACCAAGUCUUCGCAAACCGCCAAGCAUGGUGGAAGAGCUGACUCGCUACGAAAACGUUCUCAACCUCCGUACUGCCAAAUGGGCUACCAGUCGAUCUUCACCGAUGCAAGGCGUCCCGUCGCUUCAUACUCGAACAAACUCUUCGGCUCGGUUGUCUCCGACCCCACCGCCUUCCUACAUUGGGGUCUUGUCUCCUCGAUCUCACAGUGUCUCAGCGCAUGCGACGCCACCUCAGGCUGCGUGUUCGUCAACAUCUACCAACAGACGUUCAAUCUCGACAACCCUUCGAUCAAACUUAUCAAUCGCGCUCCGGACGCUGUCGCUUUCAAAGAAUUACCCGAGGUGGGGGACGACUGGGAAAGAAAGGAGAGUGAACGGUUGAAAAGAAAAUUCGCGGGCAAGAGAGAGGACAAGAAGAAUUCGUUCGUGCAGGGACAGUUGACUUGUGCGUUGUAUUCGAGGUGUCAUGCGGAGUGCGAUGCGAAUAGGGCGAGCGGUAGUGGGGAGCCAAUCUUCUUUGAAAGCUCCCAAGGGUGGUGCAAGUCGAAGGAUUGUGAUGCGCAUGGGCAGAAAUAG